AUGGCCCUCUCAGACUUCUACGUUUCUAAUUCUCACUACAAGAGUAAGCUGGUCUUGAACACUCGAGAUUCAAAGAAUACUGUGGUUGGGGCAGCUGCUGCAGACAUAGCUGUUGAUCUGAUCAAGAAAUCACAAGUGCAAGCUAUCCUCGGGCCUGUGACAUCGAAGCAAACUAACUUUAUUAUUAAUCUUGGAGAUGAAGCUCGUGUGGCCAUAAUAUCAUUUUCUGCCACAAGCCCUGCUCUCAUUUCUCGCGGGAGUUCUUACUUUUUCCAAUUUUCAGAAAAUGACUCCUGCCAAGUGAGAGCAAUAAGUGCUCUUGUUAAAGAGUUUGGAUGGAGACGAGUGGUGCCCAUUCUGGUAGACAAUGAGUUUGCGGAGGGAGUCAUGUCGUCUCUAGCUGAUGCCCUGCAAAAAAUUGAUGCUGGAAUUCCCCACCGGAGCUUCAUCAGAGCAUCAGCCACCGAUGAUCAAAUUGUCGAAGAGUUGAACAAGUUAAUGAUGAUGGAAACCAGAGUCUUUAUUGUUCACAUGACAACUGACCUAUCAUCUAGAAUAUUUGCCAAGGCAAAGGAGCUUGGAAUGAUGAGUGAAGGUUAUGUCUGGAUCAGCACUACUGAGACACUUAAUAGUCUUAAGACUCUGAGCUCUUCGGUCAUCCAUUCCAUGCAAGGUGUAUUGGGAGUACAAAGUUACAUUCCAAGAACAAUAAAGCUUGAAGAACUCGAGCUAAGGUGGAAAUUACUAUUCCAACGAGACAAUCCUACCGUCAUUGAUGCUCAGUUAGAUGUUUUUGCACUCUGGCUAUAUGAUGCUGCUCAAGCACUCGCAAUGGCAGUCGAAAAGGUGGGGAGUCCAACUACUAUAGGCUUCCGGAGGUCGAAUGCUUCGUUACAUUCGACAGAGCUCGAAACUUUGGGGGUCUCUGAAUAUGGUCCAAAACUAUGUAAAGCGCUAUCAAUGACUGGAUUUGAAGGCAUUUUUGGAAAUUUCAGCCUUGUUGACAGACAACUUCAGUCAUCUACUUUCGAGUUGGUUAAUGUAAACGGGGGUGGAGCCACAACAAUUGGAUUCUGGACUACGCAAGAUGGGAUAGUGAGAAAGUUGGGGUCAUUACCAAAUCCAAGUUCCAAGUGGAAUCUAGGACCUAUCAUAUGGACGGGCGAGUCUCUAUCUGUCCCCAAGGGAUGGGAGCUCCCUACGAACGGGAAGAAGAUGCGCAUAGGUGUUCCAGUCAAGGUUGAUUUUACCGAGCUGGUUAAGGUUAGUAUUGAUCCAAAAACUGGCACUACGGAGGUCACAGGUUUCAUUAUUGACAUUUUUAAGGCAGUAGUAGAAGGACUACCUUAUGCUCUCCCAUAUGAGCUCAUUCCCUUUGCAAAACCUGAUGGCACCAGCGCUGGCACUGAAACUGAAUUGUGCUAUCAAGUUUAUAUGGGGAAUUACGAUGCUGUUGUGGGAGAUAUAAUUAUUAAUGCAAUGACGUCACGGUACGCUGACUUUUCAAUGCCGUUCGCAGAUGCCAAUUUGGGCAUGGUUCUGCCCGCCAUAGACAUGAAGAGGAAAAGUGCAGCGUGGACUUUCCUCAAGCCCUGGAGAUGGGAUCUUUGGCUUGGAACAUCUUGUUUCUGCCUCUUUAUAGGUUUUGUGGUUUGGCUUCUUCAACCUCCGCCUGAUCAACCUCCGCCUGAUCAACCUCCCCCUGAUCAACCUCCUCCUGAUCAACCUCCGCCUGAUCAACCUCCAGAUCCAAAUAAUGACCAUCAUGUCUUAUAUCAAAUUGGCACCUUUGUCUUGCUCUGCUUCCCAAUCGUAUAUUUGACUAACCCGGGGAGAGUACGUGGCAACUUGUCUAAGUUUGUAUUGAUCAUGUGGAUAGUUCUUCUGGGAAUAUUGACACCAAGUUAUUUAGCCGAUUUAGGAACAGAAUAUACAAAGCUAAAUGUCAAGCCUGUGGUUACUGAUAUCAAUCAUCUAUUGAAGAAGGGUGAAAACGUUGGCUACAUAGCAGGUGCUUAUACUUUGGACCUCUUAAGAAGGGCAGGCUUUGACCGCUCCAAGCUGAAGGGUUUUGAAACCAUGGAAGAAAUUGACCAAGCUCUUUCAAAGGGAAGUGCAAAAGGUGGGAUCGGUGCUUUUGUUGGCGGCAACUCCCACAUGAACCUUUUUGUUCAAAAAUAUUGCGGCAAAUAUAUCAUCGUUGCUAACGUCAUAAAAACGCUGGGCUACGGAUUGGUAAGAUCUCUAAUUCCCUUCUAUGUAUAUGCAUGUCUAUCUAUGUUUUGGAUAAAUACUGGUUGA